CGAGCGAGCGAGCGAGCGGCAGGGACGCCGAGAGGGGGCUCCCCGCCGCCGGUGGACUUCUCGCGUCCUCCUCGCAGGAGCCAGGAUUAGCAACACGCCGGAGGCCUCCGCGGGUCAGUUUACAGCGCGCUUGGCUGGGGCGGGGAGUGCCUGGGAGAGGCGAGAGGAAUCCCUGCACCUUCCCCUCGGCCGCCUCGCCAUCCCUCCCCAACCUGCUGCUGCUGCGAGGACUCGCGCUCCGGCUCUUCUUCCCCUCCUCGCGUCGCAAUGGAUUUAUCCUUCAGGCGGAUAAUCCUCCUCUCCUGGCUCUACCUGGAAGCGGCAGGAGAGUUUGACGGAAGGUGGCCCAGGCAAACAUUUUCCACUGCUGGACUGUGCCGCUUUGGAAGCCGCGUAGACUGCUGCUGGGGCUGGGUCCGUCAUUCGUGGGGCCAAUGCCAACCUUUCUACGUCUUAAGGCACAGAAUAGCCAGGAUAAGGUGCCAACCCAAAGCUAUAUGCCAACCUGGAUGUAAACACGGAGAAUGUAUUGGACCAAACAAAUGCAAGUGUCAGUCCGGAUACACUGGAAAAACAUGCAACCAAGCUGAACAACUGUACACAACUUCACACGACUGGCCCAGUGAACCACCUUUUUUCAUCCCUCUGGAUCAUCAUGCAACAAAUUUUCUACUGAGGGAUCUCAAUGAAUGUGGACUGAAACCAAGACCGUGCAAACAUCGGUGCAUGAAUACCUAUGGGAGCUACAAGUGUUAUUGCCUGAAUGGGUACAUGCUUAUGCCAGAUGGAUCAUGUUCUAAUGCCCUCACAUGUUCCAUGGCAAACUGCCAGUAUGGCUGCGAUGUCGUGAAAGGGGAGGUACGUUGCCGCUGUCCUUCACCAGGUUUACAACUAGCAUCUGAUGGUAGAACUUGUAUUGAUGUUGAUGAAUGUGCCACUGGGAGAGUGACCUGUCCUCGGUUUAGGAAAUGUGUCAACACAUUUGGAAGCUAUAUUUGCAAGUGUCACAAAGGCUUCGAUUUGAUGUACAUUGGAGGCAAAUACCAGUGCCAUGAUAUUGACGAAUGUGCACUUGGCCAGUAUCAUUGUGGAAGAUUUUCCCGAUGUUACAACACACAAGGAUCCUAUAAAUGUAAAUGUAAGGAAGGCUACAGAGGUGACGGAAUGAAUUGCAUGACUAUUCCUAAAGUGAUGAUUGAUCCAUCAGGCCCAUACACUGGUUUUAAAGGCAAUACGACAUUUCCAAAAGGCAGCAGUGGAAUGACCAACAGAAUACCUGAAAUUGGAGGUACAAAGCAACCUGUCAAAACGCCACAUGUACCAGCUACAGCAAGACCUGCUCCCAGGACAACAAUAAAGCCUAUGCCACGUCCAACUAUGAGGCCAACACAAAAGCCAUUUACCAGAUUUGUAACAAAGCCUGCAACAACAAAACCAGCAUGGAAGCCAGUGACAAGACUUCCACCGAUGACGAGACCGCUGCCAUUUACAACACCUCCAACACCUCCCCCAACACCACCCAAGCCCAUCACAACACAAAUGCCAAGUCUUACAACUGAAGAGCCUCAACAUGUUCCUACUGCAGCAACACCUCCUCAGGGAUUUACAGUUGACAAUAGGAUACCAAUUGAUCCACAGAAACCACGAGGGGAUGUAUUUAUUCCACGCCAGCCUGGGGUGAGCAAUAACCUCUUUGAAACAUUCGAAAUUGAAAGAGGGAUUAGUGCUGAUGAGGAUGAAGCCAAUGAUGAUCCAGGUGUUUUUGUUCACAGCUGUAACUUUGAUAGUGGCCUCUGUGGAUGGCUCAAGGAGAAGCAUGAUGACCUGCACUGGGAACCUGUUAAAGAUGGCACAGGUGGACAGUAUUUGUCUGUCUCCGAGCCCAAAGGAAAAGCAGGACGGACAGCACGUUUGGUCCUCCCCCUUGGCCAUUUAGCUCAUUCGGGGGACCUGUGCCUGUCCUUCAGGCAUAAAGUGUCAGGGCUGCAUUCUGGAUUGCUCCAAGUCUUUGUGAGAAAGAUCGGUGCUCAUGGACCAGCCAUUUGGGGAAGGAACAGCGGCCAUGGCUGGAGACAAACCCAAAUUACCUUGCACGGAACUGGCAUUAAAAGUGUUAUUUUCAAAGGUGAGAAAGGAAAAGGAAGAACCGGUGAAAUUGGAUUGGAUGAUGUAAGCUUGAGGAGAGGCCUUUGUUCCCAAGAUCACUAGUGGUACAGACAGACUCUCAAAAGACUAUAUUUUUCCAUGCCUCUUCGAUGUGAGAGCCAGUGGGCUGAUGACUACUUCUCUCAUUCGUGUGCAUUGUGAGAUCCAUUGAACCUCCGUAUAAAUAACGUAAUUUUUUUUAAAGGGCGAAGUAAUAUUGGGUAUUUCCAUUAAGAGUUUUCCAUGUACAUGUGGAAAUAAUAUCAAUGUCCUUCAUGAAGAAGAACAAACUGUAGUUAGGCAUCAUCAAAAGGAGUCUUUGGUACAAUGAGCAGUUGCAUCAGUGCGUUUUCCAUUUUGCUGACAGUGGAACUGGUUCAUCUCCACCAACUGAAACUAACUCAGGCUUAGACUUGAGCUUCGAUUGUUCUAUUGCCAUUCACUUUUAAAGAAGGGUGUGUUUAUAUAUAUAUAUAUAUAAAUAUAUAUAAAACAUAGCAUUUAUUCCUUAUUAACAAGAGGCCGUUAUGAUAGAGUAGGCUCUGCAUCCCUUAAUAUUGGUAGUGCUGUGUUCUGUAUAAAUGUGUACGGUUAUUAAUGUAUUUAUAUGUGUUGUGUAUUUACAAAAUCUAGUUGUAAGAUAAAUGGCAGCUGUGCAUGCCUAACGUAGUCUAUAACCCACAAACCCACUAUGGAGGGUAUAAUCUCAUCACAACCUCUUUGCCACCUCAUUAACAGCUAAUUGCUUAAUUUUUGGUCGCUAAAUCACCAGGUUAUUGUAUAUGCUUGCGGAGUAACCGCUCAUCAACAAAGGCAGAAUGUUCUUCAUGUAGAAGUGAGUGUGAUGGCAGGCUAGAUACUAGCUUCGGUUUAUUCAAAUCUAGCGGUUUUCUGCCUGAAGAGGAAAAGAUCACUCGUAAUGGGAAGCAAUAGCAAAUCCUGGCCUCACAGGGUGCUCUUUUUAACAGCCACAUGGCAAGGAAAGCUGUGUGCCUUCCCAGCAGAUGCCACAAGUAAAUGAAUAGUCCUGGGUCAAGAAUUAUUGGCCACUCUGAAUAUAGGCUGUAGUAGGCAGAUAUCCAGCUGUUGUUUAGGUGCUUUUACAUCAAUGUGUGGCUCCAACCUUCUCCUUGCUUGGGUCUGCUUUGAAAGACGCUCCUGUGCAGAUGCUCGGCCUGAGCUGCAUCAGCAGGAAGAGACUACUGAAAGUUGUAGUAGGAUGAGCCAUGCAGCCAUGUGAUGUUCGUUGCUCUGAUUCUCAGAAGCAACAAAUCCUUCAUAGUUAACAGUGUCAUUAGAUUCGGACGGUAUUUAUCAGUUUCUUAAUGUUUUGUUUUUAUUAUCCAAGGUAUGCAUCAUAAGGGUGCUGCACACAGGAGAGUUUAAAGUUUCGACUCAAGGCCUUCAGUUGCUUUUUUAACUGCAGCUUGCCUGCGCAGCUGUAGUAGAAGUGUCAGAAACAACUGUGGAUGUCUGCAGAGUCCUUCCACUUAUGCACACAUAGCUUUGUAGGACUUCAAUCCAAUUAAGUUUUGUAAUUAUAAACUGUACUGGUUCAAGUGCUAUUGGAAAUGGUCAAAAUAGAUUUUAUUUUUCUUUAUAAUAAGAUUUUUUUCUUAGACCAAAUACCAUCUUUAUAUUUUAAGAUUUUUUUUUAAAGGUAUAGCUGCAAUUGAAUGUUGAUUUGUUAUAGGGGCACACUAUUAAAAUUUUACCGUGUGGAUUAAUGACAAUGGGCAUCAUCCUGCAAAAUUUAGUCACGACUCUUUUCCAUUGAAAGAAACUGAAUGGGAUUUAGUUGCACCUAACUGAAGUCCACUUGAUUUUACUACGAAUUAGCUGUGAUUAACGUUUGCAGGAUUGUGCUCAAAGACUAGACCCAGUUCCUUUUGUUUUGUAUUUAAGCCAGUAAUAUGCGUGUGUUGUCUCAGUGUGUCUUCUGUUAAAUGUAUCUGACUGAAAUCAAGUAACAUAUUCCACUUCAGUCUUCUAAUGACAGAUACCUUGAUAUCAACCACAAUCUAGAAUUGCUUUAGAUUCUCACAAAUGCAUACUGCAUGCCUUGGACACUGGGACUUUUGAUUCUUCCUCUUUGCAGACUGCAUCAUCAUCGUCAUCUGAUUUUGUAUCAAGUUGCAAAAGCUGUUCACUUCACAGAAAGGGUUUCCCCUGAAGAGAAUAUAUAAGAUCGUAAGGAAAGGAUGCUUUGCGUUGGUCCGAACGUGAGCUAUACCUUAUUAGAAUAUAUGGUUAUUGUAAUAAAUUAAAUUUGCUUUCUGCAGCAGUGGUGCAUCACAUAAAAUGUAGGAACUCUACAUUUUAAUCUCGAAUAAGAAACAGUUCUUUGAACUAAGGAACAAUGAUGACCAAGCCUAAUCGUAGAGCCUUGGCUGAUCGUUUGAGUUAGGGGAAGGAUGAAAUUCAAAAAGCUUUGUGGUUACAGAAAGCUAGUCAUGUGUUUUCCAGAGGGUGGCCACUUUUAUGUUCAUGGACUUAAUAAUAUACUGGCAGUAUUAAAAUGUGUAUUUUUCUUGGGCCCAAUAGGGCAAAUGAUCUUGCCAUCAGAAGUUUGUGUUCUUGAUUGUAGUCUUGGGGCCAAAGUAGAUAUGUCAAGGGAGAUAUUUGAGUAGGAUCUAUCUCACUUUUUAAAAAGAAAUAAUUAGUGGCCCCAUAUGGCAGCUUUGAAAACCUGGGAAGUGGUGCAGGGGAAUUCCCUUCCUCCCUUGUUGUAUCCACAGUGUAAACCCCCUUACCACCACCCCCCAGCAAAGCUGUAGUGAGCAUGGGGAGGAGGGAGAUGGGUACAGCUGCUUCUUGAAGAAAAUACUCUUUUGUUGUGCCAACAAGACUAUAUUGCACUAAGUUCAAAAGGAACACAUUAUCGAACGUACUGUAGGACAUCUUACUGGCUAAUAAUUUAAUGUGCUUUUAAAUAACUGUUUGACUUCCCUCCCCAAACUGACUCAAAAUAAAGAUAUCUUUGUAAAUUUA